GAAUUUCUUUCAAAAUUUUUCGCAACAUGGACGAGUCGGAACUGCUCUUCAAUUUGUUCUACUUCCUGCUGUGUAUGUGCGUCAUCUAUCCACCCGAGGAAUUCCAACGUUUGGGCUUCACCAUCGAGCAGCUGUUCUCGCGGUUUCUGGGCGAAGAAUAUCUCGAUUUUGUCGGCUAUCACAUACGCCGAACUUCUCUGAAUCUCUUCGUUCACAGCUGCCUGCCCGUCACAUAUUUCCUCAUCCAUCGCCUCAAGUUCUCAGUGUUUGCCACACAACAACCACUUGAAUACAAUGAACUUGAUCCCGAUUUUCCAAUGCCACAGGAAGCUGUGGCCUUCAAGACGCUCACUUGGAAAAUGGCGCAACGCUUCAGUGUUCUGGCUGUGCUCGCUGUGCCCGCUUUAAUCUUCAAUUGGCAUCAACACAAUUGGCGGCGUCAUCCUAUUAAUAAAACCUUGGCAAAAUACUCAAAUACUCCUGAUAGUUAUAGCGCGGUGUCCAGCGAUAUUGGCACCGAAUUCCGUCGACAGGAUGUUUAUAAGCGGAAACUGAACUCCAUUAGCACUGUGAUUGCCACUGAAAACUGGAUCAUCAAGACGACCAUGUACAAUGUGAAUUUCGCUCAUCAGAGCAACACAACGCUCAGCGUGGCCAAGGCGGAAACAUACAACAUUUCGCAGCACGACCAGAACGAUACGUUGCAAAUGAUAAGCAUCAUUGUUCGUCCAAUGCGUCAGGGGGUCUCUGAUUUUCACAUUCGCAUCAAUGCCCUCGAGUUUCGUAGUCUGGAGGAUCGUGUGCGUCGCCCGAUUGCCAUACCCUCAAAUAUACAAUUCCAUCGCAGCGUUAUCGAUCGUUUUGUGGAUGUGUUCCGAGCACAAGUGGCGCUCAAUCCCAUCUUCAACUCGGAACCCAUUACGGACAAAUGUUUCGCCUGCAUGCUGGCCGAGCCGAAUAUCAAAAUCAACAAGCAAUGUGCCGAUUUGAAUCGGGCCGGAGCACCGCUAACCGAUGAGGCUUGCUGCUCCAAUUGCUAUUGUCGUCCCAUGUGGUGUGUGGAGUGUUUGGCUCGUUGGUUUGCGGCACGACAAAGCGAUGUGGAUCGUGAAGUUUGGCUGGAACAGAAAUGCACCUGUCCGAUGUGUCGUGCCAAAUUCUGUGUGCUCGAUGUUAGCUAUAUAAGGCCAUCGAUGGCAACCAAUGCUAAUAACGCUGAGGCCUCAUGAUUUGGCAGCAGCAAGAGCAAGAAACUCAAAAGAAACAACACACAGUUGAUGAA